AUGGGCAUUCCACGUCUCAAAGGACAUCUUCUACGGUAUGAAGAAGCUGUCUGGCUGGGGAGAACAGCGCCGCAGGGCCAGGAAAAUACCCGAAACAUCACCUCCGUGGUCAUCGAUGGCCCUGCGCUGGUCUACCAUGUCUACUACGGCCUCAUGGCGGCCAUGGAGCAGCAUCUCAACCCGUUCUCAGCUCAGCCUGCUAGCGACGAGGUGAGCGUCGGGGUCAUGAAGACGCUGCUCCAUCUUCGCGCCAUCGGCGUCACUGUAGAGAAAAUCUAUUUUGAUGGAGCCCUCCCGCCGUCAAAGCGAAAAGUACGCCUGGAGAAGAUGGCCAAACUCGCCUCGAAGCUGCAGCAGGCCUGUCAGGCAAAGAAGCACGGGUUCAAGAGUGGUACUGUGGCGGGAGGCCGGCCAUCGCUUGAUACCAAACUGUUCUUUAGUCGUCGCCUGGUGAAUCCCAAAUUCUACGGCUUGCCUGAUAACCCACUCAUGGUUGCUACCGUUGCCGAGGACUUGAAGUAUCGGUGGAGCUGGCAAGCCAUCGAGUGCUACCAUGAUCUCAACGACGCCGAAAAAGUCCAUGGUUCCUUGUUCCCGUGGGCAGAUAUCACGGAAGUCGUCCUGGGCGAGGCGGAUAUCUUCUGUGCCGAAGCCGCAAGAGAACGAGGCUCUGCAGUGCUAACGGGAGAUUCAGACCUUGUUAUACAUGAUCUGGGAUCUGAUGGCUCUGUUGUGUUUUUGGAGUCCAUCGAGAUGUACGAGUUCCCGGAUACAAAUGAAAGCGAACUUAGACUUCCGUCCUUUGGUGUGCGAGCGAAGGAACUCCGUCCAUCCAGGAUCGCCAACCAACUAGGCAUCAAGAAUCUAUUGAGAGUGGGAUACGAGUUAAAGCAGGACCCGUAUGUGAAGUGGUCUACCAUUUCAAAGUUGUGUCAGGCUGCAGAAAAGAAAUCAAGAGUGAGUUCGUCUUACGGUGAGUUCCUAGCUGAAUAUAACACUCGUCCCUUUUCGAUGAAGGGCAACGAUAACGGCAUUGAAUUUCCCCUUCUUGACUCAAAGGUCUCAGAGCUAGUAGCUCAAUAUCAUCAUCCAAGCUUCCAUGCAGAUGGCCACCAGCUGUACUCUUACCUGCCCGUGAUGACAGAAAACCAUGCUCGUAGGUGUGCCUGGGUUGACUGCAGUGACAUCAGAGCCCUUGGAUACUCUAUAUUCAACAUAUCCUUCCCGAAGAAUAAAAGAAGAGAUACGGUCCUUGAGCAUGCACGGAGAGGCCAGAGAAUAGUCCCAACGCCCAUCACAUUACUAAACGAAGACCCCCUGUCACUGGCUGCUAAGGAACUACUUGAACAGAUACAAUCUGUCCGGCUCUCUUCCGGGAGCGAAAGCAUAUAUUUCUGGGUAUCAUAUGCUCUACUUCGCAUUUAUUCGGAUGCGGAACACUCUAGUCUCCCAAAACCAGACGCCAUUAUCAAGUUCUUCAAGUUCGGCUAUAUGGGAUGUUCUCUAACGUGGGAUGACCUCCACCUGCGGGCUCAAGUGCUAUGUACCCUCUACUCUCUUCGUAUGCUUAAACAGUUUCUGCAGGUUUCACUGUUUACAGGCGAUGCUGAAGUCCAGAGAAUAGGAAAGCCACUUUUAGAUAUGUUGGUUGAACUCCCUCCGCUACGCAUAUUAUCCGAAGCUGGAAUAUGGCUCAACUCAUGUACGGAGAAGGAUAUGAAGUCGAUGUCAGAUACUAUAAGUACACUGUUUGAAUGCUUGGGUAGUUCUCAGAUCCCUGUUUCGGACGCAGAUCUGGAGCAGGAGGAAUCUGGAGAUAUCAAAAAGGAUACCCCGAACCGGAAGAAGAGGAAACGGGAGAAGAGGACAACAAACCCUCCAGCCGUAGCGCGGAGGCGACAAGCCUCUAGCAGUAAUAUGUAUGAUAUUCUGCAAAGUACCUCUGAUCCUUAG